ACCGGGGCUGCGGCAGUGCGCCCAACAGCGGACUCCGAGACCCGCAGACCUCGGCGAACCCUCGCUCGACUCGACCACCCACUCUCGGAACCAUGGCCGCAGUGGCAGCAGCUUCGGCAGAACUGCUCAUCAUUGGCUGGUACAUCUUCCGCGUGCUGCUGCAGACCCUGUCCCCAGUGCGCCCGCGCCCGGCCGGGAACAAAGACUCAGGGGUGCGGCGGUCGCCCGCUGCGGACGAUCCCGACCAACGCGGUGUUCAGGUACUCCCUGCAGAAGCUGGCGCACACGGUGUCCCGGACCGGGCGGCAGGUGAUGGGGGAGCGCAGGCGAGCCCCCAACUGAGGCCCCAAAUCCCAGCCCUGGGCGGCCGUGUCAUCAGGUGCUCCUGUGCUUCUCGACCCGCACGGGAGCCAGUGCCGCGCAGGAAUGGGGGGUCUCCUGUGCUCCCUCGUCAACGGAGCACCUGCCAAGGUCAGUGAGGGGCCGGUAGGCCCCCGGAGAAGCAGCACCGGCAAUGAUGAAAAUAUCAGUUCCCUUCCCAGCCCCUUUGCCCCCGUCCCACUACUGGCGGGUGGGAGAGGAGGGGGAAGAGGGGAGCAAACCCUCAAGAUCUGGGCGUAGGCACCACAUUCUGAUCUGGACUAAGUCGGAACAGCACCAUCUCAGCCACAGAAGAGAUCUGACCACAGAGAUCCAACACCCCACCAACCAGCAGAAUGGACAUUCUGACAUCACCAGCUGAAGCCCUGAAUCUCGGUGCAGAAGAGAAAACAUCAACUGCGUGCCCCAUGGCGGGACUGGAGGGCGUGGGUGAGGGAGGAAGAGGGUUAAGAAAUUCAGAGGGGCCCUCUCACUGUCCCUUGCCUAUGGCACGCACAUUUCUGCCUUGCUCCCUCAUUCCCCUUCCUUCCAAACACCUCCCCAAAAUGUGUCACUUGAUUCGGACCCAUUUAAACAGUAACUGAAUCCCACCUUCACCAAAACGCCUUCUCCGACCCCCGGGCCUUCACUGAUCUUGCUAUCCCUGAUCUCACGCAGCAGUUGUGAUUAAUAUUGUGGUAGUCGCUAAUUGUACUGGUUUAAGUGUGCAUUAGUUGUGUCUCCCCAGCUAGACUGUAAGCUCCUGGAGAUCAGGGACCACCCUCCCCAAAAAAUAAAAAAUGGACUUCUCCUGUCUUGUACAGUCCUAGGACCGUGCAGGGCAGUGGGGGUGCACCAAAAA